CCGAAACCGUUCAUGGAAUUAAGCUUCAUAAAACGAGUAUCGGAGCAUAGCCGAAUCGCCCAGAUAAAAUAUCUGCGUCUGUUGGUGCAAGAAUUUGCGGUGCAGGUGGAUCAAGGCUUCCUGAACGCAGUCUUAACAUUAACAUCGACCGAAGAGGGCACCAAACCAUAUACUAUACAUUUAUCGUUCUCACAGGGCGGUAGCUCGGGUGGCAAAAAAACAAACGUACGAGCAAAUGCAAAAGCAAAAGAACCAGCACAGCCACCACCAAUCCAAUCUGAAUUUGUCAAUGUUUUCCUAAAGAGUGUCGGUGUAACAGUGACCGAAAUACAAGAUGUUGUGUUCAAGUAUGUCCAUUUUUAUUUUCCGGGGUUUUUUUGUGCCUGUGCGCAUUAG